AGUAUGGUGAUUCAAUAAAAAGUGGACAUUUCGUGCUGGGAAAAGGAUUGCUAAAGUACUGCAAUAUCCAAAGAAAUGGGCUGCGUGCCCGAAUCGAACCUAAAGGCUGUUUCAAUGGGUCCAGAAGCGACGAUGUCGAAGAUGUUACCUUCCAUGUGAAGAAGUACGCGAUAUGGCGGCAGGGAGACUACGAUAUGAGAUGUGGCGAUGAAGGCAUUCAUGUCUAUAGAUGCUACGUGAAUGGAAAAGGAGUGUACGUCGGUCAGGCCUGGAUUGACAAAAAUGGUGUCGUCAACAUCCUGAAAUAA